CUAGAAGACAACCGGAUGACGUCGCUUUGUGUACAAAUAUUUCUACUUCCUUUCUUUACUUUGACUUUGUGAGGCUAUGGCGUUUUCGUCAUCGUUUUUCCAACCCAGAAAUAGAACAAAUCACCUAUCGAAGUUUGAAAAAUGCUAUUUGCUACUUUGAUUCUGAGUGUGUUUUUUAUCGUUAGAGAAAGCGAAACCGAUCAGAACUCUCUUGAAUUUCAAAGAGCAAAUGGAAUCAACGCUACAAUAGAUGGCUACCUACCCCGGUGUCCAGGGUGUGUGGUGUUUGGGAGGGAUCCACUGAUCGUCUAUGGCAAGUUUCAUCUACCAAGGGACAAGUGGCACCUACUGACGCGAGAUCGCACACGACCUGAACCAAUUUUUUUGGUCUCACUUUGCGAUUACGGCUGCGAAAACUAUGCCGAUAGGGAUUUAUGGUAUCAGUUUUGCAGGUUUGGAAAGAAUGUCUUCACACCAAACGGAUGCAAAUUAAUGGAUACAAGACCAAAAUUCUCCAUGGAAGAUUGCUACUGUGAAGACACUGAACCGAUGCUCUGGUUUGCUGUGAUAAAACCAAGCUAUUUUAAAGAGACUAAUAUGGUAAUCAGUGCUGUUUGGAAUGGAGAAUAUAGAGAAAGACCAAGAUUUUUUCCACACCGGAGUUACAACACUAUUUAUCUCAGGGAUCUUUUUGCUCGUGGCCAUAUUGUUAGGCCUCGACAAAGAUCUACGAACAGAUCCAAGUCCUGGGCGGCGGAUCUUCUGCUGGAGUUGACCUCAAUUGUCCUGGCCUUUGGUACCGUGGCUUUCUUCAUGUCUUAGGAUGAGAUCCUGUUGGCUGUUGUCCAUCUGGGUGUGACCAGGACAAACAUGUGAACAGAAUGGGGGAAAAAGCUCAUAUUCAAUGUUUUGAUGAAGUUUUUACCACAUUAGGUUACCAUCAGAGUUGGCUAAUGUCAAACGACAUGAAGAGCAUUUUGAAUGACAUUCUUUUUUUUGGUUUUAAAGAUAAACAUUCAGUUUCAUUAAUCUUGAAUAUUUCUUUACAUUUGGUUUUAGUUCUGGGUACACACAGUAUGUUAAAACAUUAUGCUAUUUUACACAUUGACUUGCAAGCACAUUUCUAUAUAUGUAUUUAUUUUAAUGUAUAUAUAUAUAUAU